GAGGAGACUGAGAGGCAGGCAGGACUAUAAAGACUCUGCUUCAGAGUUCAGUCAGCACACCUCCGCUGAACAGCUCGAUCACUCACACCUACACCGUACUUCUACAAGGAACCAUGUCAAAGCGUGUCGCAGUUAUUCUCGCAGGCUGUGGAGUCUAUGAUGGCACCGAGAUCCAUGAGGCCUCGGCUGUCCUCGUCCAUCUGAGUCGAGCUGGAGCGAAAGUGCAGAUGUUUGCUCCUAAUGCGGAUCAGAUGCAUGUUGUAAAUCACUGUGAGGGGAAACCUACAGAGGAGAAAAGAAACAUCCUGCAGGAAAGUGCUCGCAUCGCCAGGGGUGACGUGACCGAUCUGGCAAAGUUAGAUGUCUCAGCAUUUGAUGCCGUCAUAAUCCCAGGGGGCUUUGGAGUGGCCAAGAACCUGAGUGACUGGGCAGUGAAGAACAAGGAGUUCACCGUCCAGCCACAUUUAGAGAAGCUUCUCAAGGCUUUCCACAAAGCCGGAAAGCCAAUGGGCAUGUGCUGCAUCUCCCCCAUCCUCGCUGCCAAAAUCUUGCCCGGCUGUGAGAUCACUGUGGGACAGGACAAAGAGUGUGAAAAGUGGCCGCAUGCUCAGACAGCAGGCGCUAUGAAGGAGAUGGGCUGCAAACACGUCAACACGGAUGUGGAGAAAGCUCACGUUGAUGUCAAAAAUAAACUGGUCACCACCUCAGCAUUCAUGUGCAAUGCUCCCAUUCAUAACGUUUUUGAUGGAAUUGGAGUCAUGGUUAAAGAGACACUGAAACUGGCUUAAGAAGUCUCUAAUUAUAUAUACUGGAUUCUUGUAUUUACUUAAAAAACAAUUGAUGUUCUGCACAAGCAUAAUGUCUAAUAUGAAGUUAUAGAUAUACAGUAUAUGAGCAUUCUUUUGAAAUUGUAUCAUCAAUGUGUUGCUUUGAGAUUUUCAUUAAAAGUAACUCUACAA